AUGGCCAUCCAUACUAACAAACCAGGUGCCCCAAGAACUUACUCUAAGACUUACUCCGUGCCAAAGCAGCCAUAUGAGUCUGCUCGUUUGGACGCUGAAUUGAAGUUGGCCGGUGAGUACGGUUUGAAGAACAAGAGAGAGAUCUACAGAAUUGGUUUCCAAUUGUCUAAGAUCAGAAGAGCUGCUCGUGACUUGCUUACCAGAGAUGACAAGGACGAGAAGAGAUUGUUCGAAGGUAACGCUUUGAUCAGAAGAUUGGUGAGAGUUGGUGUCUUGGGUGAGGACAAGAUGAAGUUGGAUUACGUCUUGGCUUUGAGAAUCGAGGAUUUCUUGGAGAGAAGAUUGCAGACUCAGGUUUUCAAGUUGGGUUUGGCCAGAUCUAUCCACCACGCUAGAGUCUUGAUUACCCAGAGACACAUUGCUGUUGGUAAGCAGAUUGUCAACAUCCCAUCUUUCAUGGUGAGAUUGGACUCCCAGAAGCACAUUGACUUCGCUCCAAAGUCUCCAUACGGAGGUGGCAGAGCCGGUAGAGUCAAGAGAAAGAACUCUGGUAAGGGUUCUGAGGAGGGUGACGAGGAGGAGGAACGUGGUUACAGAUCGGGAACUCGUUACAUGUUCCAACGUGACUUCAAGAAGCACGGUGCUAUUCCUUUGAGCACAUACUUGAAGGUCUACAAAGUUGGAGACAUUGUCGACAUCAAGGCCAACGGUUCUAUCCAGAAGGGUAUGCCUCACAAGUAUUACCAUGGUAAGACUGGUAUUGUUUACAACGUCACAAAAUCUUCUGUGGGUGUCAUUGUUAACAAGGUUGUUGGUAACAGAUACAUCGAGAAGAAGGUCAAUUUGAGAGUUGAGCACGUCAAGCACUCUGCUUGUCGUCAGGAAUUCUUGAACAGAGUCAAGUCCAACGCUGCUUUGAAGAAGGAGGCCAAGGAGAAGGGUGAGCAGGUUUCUUUGAAGAGACAGCCAGCUCAACCAAGAGAGGCCAAGGUUGUUGGUACUGAGGGUAACAUUCCUCAGCUUUUGGCACCAGUUGCUUACGAGACUUUUAUUUAG